GCUUUACUGAACUGGCCUCGUACUACCAAGCGCAGUGCCGAAAGUACGGUACGCGCGUUUGCGGCCACGUGGUGAUAGGAUUCCAGCUAGGCCUUGCGACCUGUCAGAUGCGAAAGGCGUCUGCUAGGUCUCUCAUGCACAUGCUUUUCGACGAAACAGGACUGCGAAAACUGUUGCAAAAUGAAGGUAGUGAACAACGAGCUGGCACUUCUUCCGGACCAGGCGCAUCAUCAUCUUCCUCAAGUACAGGACCCCCUACAUCAACUUCCAGUUCAACAGCGCCACCAGUUCCGAGACCGUCGUUCGAAUUAGAGGCAUCAGUGUCCUCGUCUGGCAGCUCUACCGAUUACGAUAAGGCCCAUCUUGACGGUCCGUUGAUGCUCUACCCUUUGAUGCGGUGUUUGCAGCUCAGGGUAUCAGCUUUCGUAAAACAUUUGGAC